AUGGCCUGGACGGUGGGCUGGGGUGGAAGCCCGUGGCUGGGCUGCGGCCGCCCGGGCAGAGCCGCAGGCCAGGGACGCACGUUUUCAGUGCUAGGUGUGGACACUGGGCAAAGCCAUCUCCCGGGGGGUAGCUCGGGCAGCUCCCUGCCCCCACAGGUGGGAGGGCUCAGAGAGGCUCCUGGGGGACAAGGUCACAAGCUGGGUGGCGGAAGGACCGGGAAGGGAGCUCAGUCCCAGGGCCGAGGCGAGCGCCUGAGCACCAGCGGGGACCCCUCUAAGGUGAGUGCCCACGUGCCGGGGAAGGGCGCCUGUGUCUUCCCUGGGCGUCGCUUCCUGGAGGACGUGUUUGGCGAGGCUGGGCGGCCUGGUCUGGGGCUGGAAAGGAAGCCUGGCUCGGGAGGAGGAGAGAAGUCCAAUGCGGGCAGCGGGAGGGAGCCCCGUUUGCUGCGUGGACACCCCAAGGUGGAGGUUGGUGGGGUGACCCGGCCCCACAGCCGGCUGCGCUGCGCUGAGUCUGCCGUGACCUGCUCCACCCCGCAAGUUUGCUCUGACUCACAGUUGCUGGCAUCUGAAUUACAGCAGACUCUCCUUUCCACCAGCCUGGCCUGUCCAAUGGUUUUUGAGCAGCGAGGGACCCAGGAACGCUUUCGGUACCAAAGGACGUUCCCGGUGGGAGCACAGGCAGUGCCUGCCGGGGGACAGGAGUUGGAGGCAGGGGCAGACACACAUGUUGACCGGGGCAUGGGGCUGAGACGGCCUUCGUCUGGGGCUCCUUACCGCCCCGACCGCAGCCCAGGGCCUCCGGGCCCAGCCAAGCCUCUGCCCGCCCUGCGCCCCACACACAGGCUGUGCUCUCCCCGGGCCCUGGCCUCCCGGUGCCCCAGCAGGAUCGGGGGAGAGCAGAGAAACCAUCCUGUGUUAGCACCACAGUCUCCCCCUUCACGAGUCUGGGGCUGCGAGGAGAGCCUGGCAACAGGAACACAUGUGUUCACGGUAACGAGAUCGCUGGGGGAGUGUCGUCUUGAAAGGACAGGAGCAGUGGAGGCUGCCGACUGGCACAGGUUAGCACGACAGCAGUCCAGCGCCCCUCGCCCACCUAACCGGGCCUGGGUCCCUCUCUGCUCGGAUCGCCCCCGCCCCGGGCGGCGUCCACAGACGCUCCCGCGCCCCGCAGGGUCCUCGUGUGAGGAGGAGGCGCUGGCCCUCGGCGCUCUCCGGCCCACUGGUACCCGACACCACGGAGGGUGCCGGCAGAGCGGCUGCCCAGGCCUCGGAUUUUAUGACGACAAGUAA